UAGAAAGAGCAAAGAUAAAGAGGUUUAGCCAGCCCAAGCUGAGCAUGUAGAUGACAGUCCACUCCACUCUGAGGGUGAAAAUGAUCCCAUCACUUUUCUCCCAAUGUCACCUCUGGCAGAACAGUCCUAUGGGAAUCUAGUAUUUAAGGAGAAAGAAGCAGACCGUGGGGGUGACUUUGCUGAAUCAAGUAAUGUGUUUAGAGAACACUGCAGGUUGUUUCAGAACAAGUGGUUGAGCAAGUGCGACAGCCUAGACCUGAAAUCCCUCCUCCAGUCGUUGAAAUGCCCAAACAGAGUCAGGAAGCCCCAAUCCCAACACUCAGGGGGCAAGGGAAUCAGCCUCAUCCUAACAUUCAAUAGCAGAAUUUCUUCAUGGGUGAAGGACAAAGAUAGCAUGAACCAAUGGAAGUUGCUGCUCCCUGCUCCUGUUGCAGACCAUGGCCAUCAACCUCAACAUAGGAAGCCUUAUCCAGAUGUCAUUGAUCAUGAAAAUCCUUUUCCAAGGGGUUUUAAAGUGCCUGAGUUCACUUUAUUUUCUGGUGAGGUUGUCUACUCUUGGAGGCAAAUGGAGGACUUGUUUCAUACUCAAUUUUAUCGUUGUGAACCAGAAGUGUCUAUGGCAGACUUGUCGAGGUUAGCCCAAAAGCCUGGAGAGUCGUCUGAGGCAUUCCUUGCUAAGUUCCGGAGAGCCAGACUGAAAUGUCGAGUUGCACUACCAAAACAGGAAUUUGUCAAGCUGACUCAGAAUGGUCUAGACAUUGAGCUUCAAAAGAAAUUUGAGGGGAUGGAAUUUCGAAACUUUUAUGAAUUGUCUUAUAAAGUGGCUCAGUAUGAAAAUCUACUGAAAAAAUAUGUUCAAAAGAAAGCUGCAUCACAUGGAACCUAUUACAAUGACCCUAAUUUUGAUCUUAAUGUGGCUGAGAGUGGUCUGAUUAAGCUGCCAUUGGGACAUAAAAUCCCGACAGCGGCUGAAAUCGAAGCUAGAGAUUAUUACAAAGUGAAGGAAACCAUGGGAGUAGAUGCAGAUCCUUUUCCAACUAUGUCUGUUGGCGUGAAUGUUGUAGACCUGAGGAGUGUUGCUAGAAAUCGUAGUCUACCUUAUGCUCAAAGGAACCUUGCUGCUGAAGACUUGAGGUGGGUCAUUGAGGCGCAAAGGUCCAGACAUAGCAGUAGCGUCAGUCAUCCAAAGUUUCCAGCCCAGAAUCCUAGAACCUUGAGGCGCAGACUGCAACGCAAAAGGGCUGAAAAGCGAAAAAGGCAACAGAAGCAGGUGGAGGCUAAGGGAAGUUCAUCUCGCAGACCACGCCAACCUACCAAAAGGAACAUGGUGUGGGUGAGAAAAGAGAAAAAUGAGACUGUAACCCAGACUCUACUAAAGGGGGAUGACCAAUCUCCAGCCUCUCCAAAGGUGGCAUAUGUCAUUGUGAGUCAAGAUGGAGUUUUGAAAGCAACUUUUGAAGCACAAGAACAGUCUGGGAAUCGUGGAGCUGAAUCAAAAAAAGAUGGCAUUAUUCAUUUUGGGGAAUUCUCAGUGAAUUUGUCAUGUCUGGUGUUGACAUUACCCUUGGUUUUCCAAGCCAAGAAGGAGGAGGAACCAAUCGUCUUGGAAAAUAAGACACUGAUGUCUGCGUUUUUCGUGGUGGAUACUGUUGCUACUUAUAACUCACUUUUGGGACGUGACUGGAUUCAUUCAAGUUGGUGUGUCCCUUCUACACUUCACCAUAAACUGAUUUUCUGGAAUGGUGGCAAAGCUGAGGUGGUGUCUACAGAUGAUAAGCAUUUUUCAGCCAAUACCCACUUGGUGGAGGCUAGAUAUUAUGAAGAAGACAUUGGUACCAUUCGGUUUUUUGGGAUGGAUAGACAUGGGAAGCGGAUUGGGAUAACAGCAUUCAGCAAACCGUUAUUGUCUAAGCGUGUUGUAGAGGAAGGUGAUGAAAUAACUUUGGAGGAGCUGGAUCUUGCCCCAACCAAGUUGGAUGAUUUAAAAGAUGAAGUUCAAGACCCACUGGAGGAGAUCAAUCUAGGGUUUGAAAGUGAACCAAAGGUAACAUUUAUCAGUGGCUCUCUUGAGCCGCAGACACGAGAUCAAAUUGUCAGACUUUUGCAUGAAUUUAAAGACUGUUUUGCUUGGGAUUACUCAGAAAUGCCAGGUCUAGAUCGAAAAUUGGUGGAACAUAAAUUGCCAAUUGCAGAAGGAUUCAGACCGUAUAAACAACCGCCCAGACGCAUGUAUGCAGAGGUCACCUUGAAAGUGAAAGAAGAAAUUGAGCGGCUGGAUGAGUAUCCUAUGCCAAUUGCAAACUUGCUGGUUGAUGGAGUAGCCCAUCAUAAAAUUUUAUCCUUCAUGGAUGGCCAUAGUGGGUACAACCAAAUUUUUAUUGCAGACACAAAUGUUCCAAAGACAACCUUUCGAUGCCCAGGUGUUGUUGGAACUUUUGAAUGGGUUGUGAUGUCAUUUGGUCUGAAGAAUGCUGAAGCUACCUAUCAAAGAGGCAUGAAUGCAAUUUUUCAUGAUAUGAUUGGUAAGUUCAUGGAAAUCUAUAUUGAUGAUGUUGUGGUGAAGUCACAUGGGGAAGAAGACCACUUGGUCCAUUUGAGGAAGGCUUUUGAGCGGAUGAGGCAACAUGGCUUGAAAAUGAACCCACUAAAGUGUGCCUCUGGAGUGUCUGCAGGUAACUUCCUUGGGUACUUGGUGCAUGAGCGUGGUCUGGAGGUUGACAAGAACAAAGUCAGCGCUGUGAUUGAGGCAAAACCACCACAAAACAAAAAGGAGUUGCAAAGAUUUCUUGGCCAAGUUAAUUUCUUAAGACGUUCCAUUUCUAACUUGGCUGGGGAAACCAAAGUCUUUUCUCCUCUGUUGAAACUCAAGUCUGAGGCGGAUUUUAAGUGGGAAGAACAUCACCAGUCUGCCUUUGAUAUGAUAAAACGUACAGAAACCAUGUCUGGAGCUGGAGUCGUGGUUAUCUCCCCGUUUGGGCUAAAAACACAGAUGUCUUUCCAGUUGGAUUUCGAUUGCACAAAUAAUCACGCAAAAUAUGAGGCUUUGAUUAUUGGUCUUGAGAUGUUGGUAGAGCUUAAAGUAUCCAUAGUUGAGGUUAUAAGGGACUCACAACUAGUCUUGAAGCAAUUGUCUAGUGAGUAUAAAUGUAUUAGCCUUGCUUUAGCCCCUUAUUUUGCCUUGGCUGUGCAAUUACUGGAAGAGUUUGAUGAUAUGUCCAUCAAACACGUGCCUAGAAACCAGAACUAUGAAGCUAAUGAAAUGGCCCAAAUUGCUUCAGGUCUGCGAAUUCCUGAAGGUUACCUUAAGGAUCAAAGCACUAAGGUCUCUAGGAAAACCAAAAUGCAAGCUCUCAAUUAUGUCUUGAUUGAGGACGUGCUUUAUAGGAGAGGCCAUGAUAAACUACUGCUGCGUUGUCUAGGUCCAGAUGAAAGUUUCCAGAUGUUGUCUGAUGUCCAUGAUGGGAUUUGUGGUGCACACCAAGCUGGGAUCAAGAUGCGUUGGUUGAUUUGCAAACAUGGUGUCUUCUGGCCAUCUGUCUUGAAAGAUUGUAUUGCUUAUGAUAAGGGCUGCAAAUCUUGUCAGGUCCAUGGGCCACUUCAAAGAGUUCCAGCAUCUGAACUUAAUUCUAUUGUGAAAUCGUGGCCAUUCCGAAGUUGGGCUAUUGACUUGAUUGAAACAAUUAUAACAGACCAAGGCACAGUUUUUGUCAGCCAUCAAGUUGAGGCAUUUGCAAAGGAAAUGGAUUUCCGUCUGUUAAAUUCUACUCCUCAUUAUGCACAAGCUAAUGGGCAAGCGGAGGCUUCUAAUAAAGUGGUGAUUAAUUUGCUUGAAAAAAUGGUGGAUGACAACCCCAAACGUUGGCAUGAACUAUUGUCCAAAACACUGUGGGCUUAUAGAACUUCACAAAGAAGUUCAACUAAAAUGACACAUUUUGCCUUGACAUAUGGCCAUGACACAGUCUUGCCAAUGGAGUUAACAGCCAGGUCUUUAAAAGUAGUGAUUCAGCAUAAUCUCCAGUUUAGAGAAUAUGAUGAGGCCAUAAUGCUUGAGCUUGAGGACCUUGAAGACAAACGUUUGAUAGCUUUGGAUAGAUUGCAAGCUCAAAAACUCAAAAUUGCAAAGUCUUACAACAAGAGAGUAAAAGGUAAAACUCUGGCAGUUGGUAACUUGGUCUGGAAAGCAAUUUUACCUUUUGGUAAGAAAGAUCACAGAUUUAGGAAAUGGUCCCCAAAUUGGGAAGGACCAUUCCGAAUUCAUGAAGUGUUGAGAGAAGGAGCUUAUUGGUUAGAGUCACUUGAUGGAGAUCUUCAUGCUAGAAAAAUCAAUGAAAUUUAUCUCAAGCCUUAUUAUUCCACAGUCUGGGAGGCAAGAGGCUUAGAAUCCUUAAGAAUGGUUUGAGCCAUGUUCAUGUUUCUGUCUGUGCAUAAAUAAUUUGAUUUACU